CGCGGGACGGGAAGGAGGUCGGUGCGUGCUGCGUGGCGGUGAAGCGCGGAGUGCGAGUUCCGCAGAGUUCUGCAGCCUUCCCUCCCCCUCCCUCUUCCCUCCUCCUUAGACGGGUUUGGGACAGACUUCCGCUGCUGACGCGUGGGUGCGCGUUCCGCCGACAGGCGUCGUCGGCGUGGCUGUCUAUGACCCUUUUCGUCUGGUUUCGAAUGCAACGGAGGCGAUGUAGUGGCUGCCGAUGAAAAAAAGUUUUUGAGUGAUAUGUAAUUUGUUUUACUUUUGUUUUAUUUUGUUCCUUUUUUGCGGGCAUGAUAAAUAAGCCUUUAGUGAAAGAUACUAAUUAUAACCUCAUUUUAUUUAGCAUGUGUUCUAGCUAACACGUUGCAAGGAACUUUUACGCCGUGCAAAACUUUUUUUUUCUUUUUUUUUUUUGCUCAAAGGAUAGACUCCGAGCACGGAAUUGCGUUCAAUUUCAAAACAAGCAAAGGUCAUCGACCUUAAGUGAUAAAAAAACGCUAGGAAAAUAUCUGGCCAAUCUAUUAAGCUAACAAGGAAAAUUGUUUACAAAACAAAACAAACGUUUCGGCGAACAUCCUGCAUUUCGAAAACAAAAGCAAAGCUCCGGUGCAGACUGCAGGCAGGUCACGCCCGUGCCGUUGUCACGAGGCGGCCGCUGCGACAGACCCGCCCACGGACAGACAAGCAGGGCAGUGUUCCCAGGCACGAAAGGCGUUGAUGAGACGGACACGCCCGCAGCGACGGAGACGGACGCUGACAGUCAAAUCCUGUGGAGGGCACAGCCGCCCGCACGGAGCCACAGUCAAGCACGUGGGCGAAAGAGUAAAACAAUCCCCCCUCCCUCUCUUCCCCUUCCCACCCCUCCCCCUAACGCACUCUCACACACGCGCGUGCACCCACGACCGCGUUCUGACGCCGCAUACGUGAUGUUUUGGUGAAUCUGAGGAAGCAACGUUUUUCCUCGUGUCGGAAGACGAAUCCCAGCUGGAGGAACGUUUCCGCGUGCUUGGAAACGUCGCCUGAAAUGUCAAGGCCAAGGUCACCGCCUCGACGAUAGCUUUCUGAUAAUUCAUAGAAAUCCCUGACGACCCCGAGAACUUCGCAAAACGAGACACAGUUUCCGGCUCGCCAUGGCUCCUCGUCUUCGGUGGGCACUGCCCUGAGGAAGAUCUACUCUCGUCAGGAAGCAUCGCCGUGUCAUGCCGUAACGCUCGAGCGCCGACCCGCGAAAGUAAUCCAAGAUGAACCUCAGCACGACCAUGAGCAUGAUCGUGGGCGGGAUAAAAGUGGACACCCCGACCUACGUGCGGACGCCGUCGCCCGACACCUUCUCCUCCAGCAGCGACGACUACGUGGAGCUGGGUGCGAGUCUGGCCAGUACGACGAGCAGCCCCAAGGACCUUCAGAACGGCUCGUGCCACUUGGACUACCAGUCGACGCUCGCCUCGUCCGACGACCUCUUCUUCUUCCUCAUGUACGGCGUCCUCCUCAACAUCAUCAGCCUCCUGGGUAUCGCCGGCAACGUCAUCUCCAUCACAGUGCUCUCCAGACCCAAGAUGCGCUCGUCCAUCAACUGCUGCCUCAUCGGCCUCUCGGUGUUCGACAUGAUCGUGGCGUUUACGGGCAUCCUCAUGUGGGGAAUCCCCGAGAUCUGCCGCUACACUGUGACCAUGAUGUGGUACUACCGGGAGCUGUCGCCGAAGAUCACGCCCUUCAUCUACCCGCUGGCGCUCAUCGCCCACACGGGUUCCGCGUACCUGACGGUGACGGUGACGCUGGAGCGCUACGUGGCCGUGUGCCAGCCGCUGAAGGUGCGUUCCAUCUGCACCUACGGGAGGGCUAAGAUCUACGUGCUGUCCGUCACCCUGUUCGCCGUGCUCUACAACCUGCCCAGGUGGUGGGAGAUCACCUACAAGGAGUGCGACAUCGGCGAGGACGUGCGCCACUUCUACUACGUGGUGACGCCCCUGCGCAACGACAACAACUACAAGCAGAUCUACAUCAUGUGGAUGUUCCUGGUCGUCAUGUACCUCGUGCCGUUCUUCAGCCUGACUGUGUUCAACUCUUACAUCUACAGGAGGGUUCGCGCCGCUAACCAGGAGCGACAGCGGCUGAGCCGGCUGGAGAAGAAGGAGAUCGGGCUGGCGGUGAUGCUGCUGGUGGUGGUGACAGUGUUCUUCGUGUGCAACGUCCUCGCCUUUAUCAUCAAUGUGCUCGAGCUCCUGGACAUCGUCGUACCGGAGCUCACCGUCACCAGCAACGUCCUGGUGUGCGUCAACUCGUCCGUCAACUUCAUCAUCUACUGCAUCUUCGGCCAGAAGUUCCGGCGGCUCUUCCUCAAGAUGUUCUGCGGCCGCAUCGUCAAGACGUCGGCAAGGAGGGACACGACCUUCCGCGAGUCGCGGACCCCCACCAACGGCCGCUCGACGCAGAUCAUCCGCAUGUCGUCGUGGAACGGCUCGCACCGUAGCCGCUCUGACAG